AUGUCGCAAAAACAGGGGAUACUAGGUGCCAUUGUAGGAAUGAAACAACACAGCAACAGCUGGUCUGGAGGCGACUUCACAAUCUCAAAAUGUCCGACCGACGAGUCUCCCCUCGCGGAGAAACUCUUCACAGUCGAUGGAGACUUCAAAUCCAUCAGUCAACGACGAUAUUUUCAAGACGCUUCCGGAUUACCACUCUUUGAAAUCGCCCACAAAAGGCUCGGCGUGACAUGGUUUGUGCAUCUGCCUGGUGGCAGAGAGAAUACGAGCUCCCCUCCCAUUGCUACGAUUGUACCUCAAUGGCAUGCCCUUAAGGACAAGUUUGAUGUUCAUUUGAAUAAUGCUGCGGCAAAUGGAGAAGAGACGAUUCUCGAAGUGCGGGGACAGGAUGUGUUUAAAUCCAAGACCCAUGUUUAUCACAAGGGCGCACUGGUCACGGCGAUUAAGUUGAAAGAUAUGGUCUCGGUGUAUCUACCUGGGAAACGGCCAGCGUGGGAGUUGGAGGUCGCUGAGGGGAUGGACCUUUCGUUGGCUGCCAUUAUUGGGGUUGUUUUGGCUACUGUGUUAUAUCAGAGCAGUUACAAGGGAACGGCACCGAAGUCUUCCGGGUCAGAUCCAGAUCCUGGAGUGGGAAGUAGUGGGAAAGAGCUGGCGCCAUAG